AGAAGAGGUGCUGUUUACUUCCUGGGGCUCACUUUCACAAGCAGUCUUGCUGUAAAUCAUACAUCUAGUAUUCUGGUGAAGCUGCUUUAGAUUAAAGGUGCCAUGGAGUCCGGCGAGGAUGGGGGUGUCAGUGUUGGAGGUCCAUCAGGGGAAGAGAACUACUUCCAGGGCUACACCUUCACCGAUCGCUCCCAUUCCAGUCGUGUUGUAAAGAGCAUCAUGGACUUGUGUCUGGAGGAUGGUCUGUUUGCAGACGUCACCAUCACUGUGGACAGCAAAGAGUUCCAGCUUCACCGCCUGGUGCUCUCGGCUCAGAGCAGUUUCUUCAGGUCUAUGUUCACUUCUAAUCUUAGAGAAGCUUUUGAUCGCAAUAUUGAGCUGAAGGAUAUCAGUGCGCCUGUCUUCCAGUCGCUGGUGGACUACAUCUAUCAUGGUACGAUCAAACUAAGGGUUGAUGAUCUUCAGGACACCUAUGAGAUGGCUGAUAUGUAUCAGCUUACUGCCCUAUUUGAGGAGUGCUCUCGCUUCCUGUCACGCACUGUGGAUGUAAAGAACUGCCUGCAGGUAAUGUGGUUGGCGGACAGACACAGUGACCAGGAGUUGUACACGGCUGCCAAGCACUGUGCAAAGAUUCACCUUGUUCAGCUGCACCAGACAGAUGAGUUCCUGAACUUGCCAUUGUGUCUUCUUUUGGACAUCAUUAAAGACGGUGUGCCAAGCUCUCAAAAUCCAACUGGAGCAAUUCAGUCUUGGAUAAAUCACAACAAAGUUGAGCGAGAGGAGUAUUCUGAUAUGCUCCUAGACAGCUUAAAGGAGAUUGGUGAAAAGGUGCACAUUUACCUAAUUGGGAAGGAAGAUACGCGCACACACUCACUGGCAGUGUCUCUUCAUUGUGAUGAGGACGAUGCCAUCAGCGUGAGUGGCCAGAACAGCCUGUGUCACCAGAUCACAGCUGCAUGCAAGCACGGGGGUGACCUGUACGUUGUUGGGGGCUCCAUACCACGUCGCAUGUGGAAAUGCAACAUGCACACUAUGGACUGGGAGCGCUGCGCCCCUCUUCCCCGGGACCGUCUCCACCACACAUUAGUGUCUGUGUCCUCAGAGGAUGCCAUAUACUCCUUGGGAGGCAAGACCCUCCAGGACAGUCUCUCCAAUGCUGUCAUUUAUUACACAGUACAGGACAACAUAUGGACAGAGACCUCUCAAUUAGACACAGCUGUCUCGGGUGCAGCAGGAGUCAAUUUGGAAGGCACAAUUUACCUUUUGGGUGGGGAGGAAAAUGAUAUGGACUUCUUUACCAAACCGUCUCGCCUUAUCCAGUGCUUUGACACAGCCACUCAGAGAUGCCAAACCAAGCCCUAUAUGUUGCCUUUUGCUGGAUGCAUGCAUGCCACUGCCCAUAAGGACCUUAUCUUUGUGGUGGCAGAGGGCGACUCUUUGGUAUGCUAUAACCCACUGCUGGACAGCUUCACCCGUUUGCGGUUCCCUGAAGUGUGGAGUUGCGUGCCGUCUCUAUGGAAAGUAGCCAGCUGCAAUGGGUGCAUUUAUGUUUUUAGAGACAAGUGCAAGAAAGGUGAUGCAAACACUCUAAAGUUGAACCCUGUCACAUCAGUUGUUUCAGUGAUCAAGGGAAUCAAAAUCCUCCUCACAAACUGGCAGUUUGUUUUGGCCUGAUUGCAAUGUUCUGUCUAUGUAAUGCAUGGGACCAUGAAACAUCUAUUAUGCCACAGUUUAUGGUGAUCCACUCAAUACCAGUCAUGGUGUGUUAUGUUGAUCUAAUAGACACCAGUUGUUAUUGUCUAUGCUACAGUGCUACAAGCUGUCAUGUGAAGUGUUACGCAGUAAGAUACUGUAGAACAUUAAUGAAGGACAAAUGUAAUUUACAGAAAGUGAUACUCUUGCACAUUUACAAUUUAAUAUCAGUUUAUUCCUAAAGUAAUGUGUUUGUGCCCAGUUCAUUUCAUCAGAAUUUGAAUAUUAGUUGAUUUCCAUCUAUUAACAUUCCACAGCAGAUAUUUUUCUACAAUCUACAGCCUCAAUAACUUCCUCAAUUUCCUGCAAUGUAUACAGCUAUGAAUAUGAAGAGUGAUUAGGUUAUAUAUGUGUAAUAUAGUAGAUGGUUUCAAACAUCUACCAACAUGCACAGCGAGUAAGGAAGAAUACUCAAAUGAUUAACAGAAUCCCAAGUAUCCACAUAAAAGUCAACUGCACCAAUUUUAGUAGAACUAUCAAAGACCCUUAAAUAAAGCUUGCAAUAAAAGUGUAGGAGAAGCAUGCCUAUAUAGUUGCACCAAUUGCCACUUACCUCACUCAUACUGACAGUUCCUCCUGGGUCCCCUCUCAACUGCCCUUUUCCAGUUGUUUAUGACCGAGUAGGGGAGUCUUUGAAUUGGGUUCCACCUCAAACGAAUUUGCAGAUUUCAUGCUACAAUUGUUGACCAUUUCUUGAUCCUCCACAUGCAUUAUAUGGACAUGCAGACCAUUUAAUGUCUGUCAGAGACAUGAUCUAUGUUAAAGGGAUAGUUUACUCAAAAAUGAAAAGUCUUUUUAAGCAAAUUAUUAUUAUUAUUUUUCAUUUUCAUUUUUGGUUGAACUAUCCCUUUAACAGUGAUAGCAUAUUGUUGUUGACCUUAUGGGCUGGUGCAGAAUAUUGUUACUGAAAAUGGUUGAUUUGAUGAAAGGUAUUCAAAGUUCUAGACUUUUUCAUAAAUGUCUGUGUUGUACUUCUGUGCACUCCUGGCCAAUAUUUCUCUUGAAUUAAAAGAUAAAAUUCA